AUGGCGACUUCUGUGCAAACACCCACGAACCCCGACCAGCAGGUCGACCUCUCCACCAUUCCCAUCUCCCCCGAGGGCGGUGAGAAGAGCGAGACCAAGGAGAACGACUCGGAGAAGCCCGUUACUGUUUUCCACGACAAGGAGAACUUCAACGUCAAGCACCCUCUGCAGAACAAGUGGACUCUCUGGUUCACCAAGCCACCCAGCGGAAAGGGCGACAACUGGAAUGACCUUCUGAAGGAGGUCAUCACCUUCAACUCAGUCGAGGAGUUUUGGGGUGUCUAUAACAACAUCGCCCCUGUCUCCGAGCUUGCCCUCAAGUCCGACUACCAUCUCUUCAAGGCCGGCGUCCGCCCCGAGUGGGAGGAUGCCCAGAACAAGCACGGCGGCAAGUGGUCCUACCAGUUCAAGGAGAAGCGCAGCAUCCCCAUCGACGAUCUCUGGCUUCACGUCAUGUUGGCCGCUAUUGGCGAGACCCUCGAGGCUGAAGACGACGGAGAGGUCAUGGGUGUUGUCGUCAACGUCCGCAAGGCUUUCUUCCGUAUUGGUGUCUGGACCCGUACCAUUGGCAAGAGCAUUCCUGGCCGUGGUGACGGAGACGUGGCUGGUGGCAAGGGACGUUCGCAGGAUAAGGGCCGUGACAUCCUCCUGAACAUUGGCAAGCGCUUCAAGGACAUCCUGAACCUCCCCGCCAACGAGGUUGUCGAGUUCUCCGGCCACACGGACAGCGCACACAGCGGAAGCAGCCGUGCAAAGGCCAAGCACACUGUCUAA